CGCUCGUGAAGUUGCGCAAGGUGUUCGGUCAGUGCUGCUGUUAGUCUUGAGGUAAACAUUGGGAAAUCUGUCAGACUGCUGGACGAAAUAGACAUGGAAGUCAUGGACAGCCCUCUAAAUCAGGCCCAUCAUUAUGGACGAAAGGCUGAUCAGUUGGUGGCAAAAGAAAAAUUUGAGGAGGCGAUUUUAUGCCAUAGUAAAGCAGCAGAGCUGCUGACAGAAGCCUCAUCAAUGACACAGAGUGAACAGGUCCGUCUUUCUUUAGAGCUGCAGAGAGACAGACAUCUGCAGCAGCAGCGACUGAUCAGGAUGAGCUGCAAACAGGCUAAACUCAAAGGAAACCUCCUGCUCAGCCCUUCAAAACACAGCUCAGCCCUGAUAACACAGUGUACCAAUCCAACAGCCCUCCAAAGUCCUCCGCUCGGCUGGAAGGCUGCCAAAGAUGACAAGACUCGGCUGGAAGAGCAGAGCACUGCCAUCGCUGACCUGUGGAAGCUUGUGGCGGUUCUGCUGGUGGAGAACAAACGCUUGCUGGAGGAGCAUGAGAAACUGAAGGCAGAGAAUGCUAGUUUGAAGAGAGACCUAUAUGAGGAGCAUCAGAGCCCUCCGGCUUCUAUAGAUCAGCCUUCGACGCUGGGGAUGAGGCUCCUGGAUGUGCCUCUUGACCUCCAGCAGGAGAUCCAGCUGCUGUUGGAGAUGGCAAAUGAGAGCUAGACCUGCAUCCACCUACAGCAUCACUCAAAAGAUUGGAAUAAUUAUGAUUUUUUACUUGGCAAAGCUGAGCUCAGUCAGCCCCAACUUUUGGGUGGUGUCAUAGUUUCCACAAAAAUAGUAAGAAGCAAAAUCUAUUUUCAGCAUUGAUAAUCAAAAAUGUUUCUUGAACAGCAAAUCAGCAUAUCAGAAUGAUUUCUGAAGGAUUGUGUGACACUGAAGACUGGAGUAAUGAUGCUGAAAAUUCAGCUUUGUCAUCUCAGGAAUAAAUUACAUUUGAAUAAAUAUAAAAAAUUGAAAGCUCUUUUAAAUUGUAAUUUUUACAAUAUUUUUCAAAAACAAAAUAUUUUAAUUAUUCCAACUUUUGACUUUACUGUGUGAAUUGUAGUUUCAACUGUGUUAGAUCAAAGCCUGUUUCCACCAAAAAUAAGUAGUCAAAUAAGUCAGAAUGUAGUCCAAAAAAUAAUUCAGAAUUCAGAUGUGAAUUUGCAAUUCAGAGAAAUUAUGUCAAUUGUGAGAUAUAAACUCACAAUACUCGCAAAUAAAAAAAGACUGUUCUCAGACUUGCAAAUUUAUAUCUCACAAUUCUGACUUUAUAACACUUUUUGUGAGUGAUAUUGAGUUAAUUCGAAAUUGUAAGAUAUAAACUUGCAAUUUUGAGAAUAUAUCAGUCGUUUUAUUCCCUCAAAAUUGUUGCGAGUUUGUCUCGCAAUUCUGACCUUUCUUGCAAUUGCAAGUUUAUAUAUCACAAUUCAAAUUUUUUUUUUUUUAGCAAUUCUGACUUUUUUUUUGUCAGAAUUGUGAGUUCGUAUCUUGCAAUUUUGACUUUUCUUCUCCAAUUUUGACUUUUUUCACAAGAUAUAUACUCACAAUCAUGAGAAACUGCGAGAUAUAAACUUGCAAUUGCGAGAAAAGUCAGAAUUGCGAGAUACAAACUCAAACUGCAAUUGAAGUCAGAACUGAGAUAUAAACUUACAGUUCUCACAAUUAAAAAAAACUGAUACAUUCUCAGAAUUGCGAGUUUAUAUUUCGCAGUUGUGACUUUUUCUCAGAAUUGCAAGUUCAUAUCUCACAAUUCUGAAUUUAUAACAUUAUUGCAAGUCAAGUCGGAAUUGUAAGAUACAAACUUGCAAUUUUGAGAAUAUGUCAGUCUUUUUUUCACCUCAAAAUUGCAGCGAAUUUGUAUCUCACAAUUGACUUUUCUUGCAAUUUCAGGUUUUUAUCUCAAUAUCUUACAAGUCCAACUUUUUUCCUAGCAAUUCUGACUUUUUUCUCAGAAUUGUGAGGUAAAAACUCAGUUCUGACUUUUUUCGCAAAUUGCCUUUUUCAAAUUUUGACUGUUCUUCUCACAAUUGCAAGUUUAUAUCUUGCAAUUAUGACUUUUUCCACAAGAUAUGUACUCACAAUCAUGAGAAAAAAAAGACAUAACUGCAAGAUAUAAACUUGCAAUUGCAAGAAAAGUCGGAAUUGCAAGAUACAAACUCACAAUGUGAGAAAACAAGUCAACUGCGAGAAAAAGUGAGAUUGGCGAGAUACAGACUCAAAAUUGCGAGAAAAGUCUGCAAGUUUUUAGCUCGCAAUUCUGACUUAAUUUCUCAAGAUUAUGAGUAUAUAUCUCUGAAUUGUGAAGAAAGUCAUAAUUGCAAGAUAUAAACUUGAAGAAAUGACAAAACUGCAAGACAAGAACUUGCAAUUUAUGGAAAACAUGAGAACUGUGAGUUUUUACCUCAAAAUUGACUAUUUCUCACAAUUGAGAGUUUGUAUCUCACAAUUCUGAGAAAAAAGAAUUGCAAGAAAAAAAGUUAGAAUUGUGAGAUAAACUUGUUGCGAGAAGAAAAGUCAGAAUUGCUAAAUACAAACUCGCAAUUUGAGAAAAACGUGAACUGCGAAUUUUUACCUCACAAUUCUGACUUCAUUUCUCAUGAUUGAGUUUCUAUCUCACAAUUCUGAGAAAAAUGCCAGAAUUGUGAGGAAAAAAAGUUGUAACUGCGAGAUAUAAACUUGCAAUUGUGAGAAAAAAAAAAAGUCCAAAUUGUGAAAUACAAAACUCGCAAUUUUGAGAAAAAAAAAAAAUCAGAACUGAGUUUUUACCUCACAAUUCUGACUUUAUUUCUCACAUUUGUGAUUUUAUAUAUAAUAUAUUUGACUUUAUAUCUUGAAAAUCACACCACAAUUACAAAUGUAUACUUAACGGUUUUGACUAUUUCUCAGAAUUUCAAAUUUAUAUCUCACAUUUUUAACUUUAUAACAUGCAAUUGUGAGUUUAUAUCCUUGACGUAUUAAAUCAGAGAAAAAAAAAAAAA